UGUCUGACUUUCCUCCUGUUGCCAGAGGGAGCUGACAGUUGGUGAACAGAGUGGAUCAGAGUCGCUUGGGGACUGGUGAGCUUCUCGUUCAGCUGUCCGGAGGAGAGCGACAGAGCCUGGAAACGUAUGAUCUGAGAAGGUGUGUCGUGUCCUCUUGUCUGCUGGAAUCAGGAUGCAGUUCUCAGUCAGACUCGGCCUUUGCCUGCUGGGCUUUGUUCUCAUCUCUCUGUCCCCUCAGCCAGCGCGAGGCCAAGUUUCAUCGCCACGGAGGUUUCGUGCCAAAGCCCUGAGUCCCACCAAGCUGCAGGUGUCAUGGAAAGAGCCGAAAGGAGAGUUUGAAAGCUACAAGGUCAUCUACACCACACGGCCAGGUGGAGAGCACCGGGAGGUGCAGGUAUCAAAGCAGGAAGCAAAGCUGCUCAUUGAGGACUUCAACCCCACUAACGAAUACAACUUUAAGAUCACUGCAGUCGGAAGAGGACGAGAGAGCAAACCUCUUCAUGCCAAACAUGAAGCUCAGCGAUCAGGUGUUGAGACAGUUCAGCCCCUGAGGAGAGAAGACAUUGGUGUAACUGUGGGGAACAAUGAGAUCUCAGAAGCUGAAGUGGGGUUUUUGUGUAAGACUCCAGCCAUAGCUGACAUCGUGAUUCUGGUGGACGGCUCCUGGAGUAUCGGUCGCAUCAACUUCAGGCUGGUCAGGAUGUUCUUGGAAAACCUGGUCAGGGCCUUUUCUGUGGAGUUUGACAAGACCAGGAUCGGCCUGGCUCAGUACAGUGGAGACCCCAGGAUCGAGUGGCAUCUUAACGCCUACACCACCAAAGAGGCUGUGAUCGAUGCUGUGAAGAACCUGCCGUAUAAAGGAGGAAACACACUGACAGGUCUGGCUCUGAACUUCAUCCUGGACAACAGCUUCAAACCAGAGGCUGGAUCCAGACCUGGCAUUCCCAAGAUAGGAAUCCUCAUCACAGACGGGAAAUCCCAGGAUGAUGUGAUACCGCCCGCACGCAGACUGAGGGAAGCCGGGAUCGAGCUGUUUGCCAUCGGUGUAAAAAACGCUGAUGAGAAUGAACUGAAGUCCAUCGCCUCGGCUCCUCACGAGACUCAUGUCUACAAUGUGGCGGACUUCAGCGUGAUGAGCAGCAUCGUGGAGGGUCUCACCAAGACCGUCUGUGACCGGGUGGAGCAACUCGACAAGCAGAUCAAAGGAGGAGAACCUGCCACCCCCAGCUCUGUAGCUCCUCCCCGUGACCUGGUGAUAUCUGACAUCACAGCUCGCAGCUUUCGGGUGAAAUGGACCCAUGCACCGGGCAAGGUGGAGAAGUACCGCGUGGUGUACUACCCCGCCAGUGGAGGACAGCCGGAGGAAAAAGUGGUGCAGGGGACAGAGAGCACUGUGGAGCUGAGCUACCUGAACUCUCUGACGGAGUACCAGGUGGCCGUUUUCGCCGUCUACCGCAGCUCGGCCAGCGAGGCCCUGAGAGGGAGUGCUACUACAUUGGCCCUGCCCACCGUCCACGACCUGGAGCUGUUUGAUAUCACUCACAGCACCAUGAGGGUGCGAUGGGAGACCGCCGCUGGGGCUUCUGGGUACAUGAUCCUCUACGCCCCGCUGACCGAGGGUGAUCCUGCAGACGAGAAGGAGGUGAAGGUGUCAGACUCAGUGAACGAGGUGGAGCUAGAGGGACUGACUCCGGCCACUGAGUACACAGUGACAGUUUACGCCAUGUACGGAGAGGAGGCCAGUGACCCCAUGACCAGCCAGCAGACCACAUUACUAUUGACCCCUGCACGGAACCUGCGCUUCUCAGACGUGGACCACAGCUCCGCCAGGCUCACAUGGGACUCUGGCUCCAGGAUGGUCAAAGGCUACCGCGUCAUGUACGUCAAGACCAACGGAGUCCAGACCAAUGAGGUGGAUGCUGGCCAUGUGACUACCUGGCUGCUGAGGAACCUGACCUCGCUGACCGAGUACACAGUCGGUGUGGUUGCUGUCUAUGACGAGGGACAAGCUGAGGCCUUGACUGACACCUUCACCACAAAGACCGUCCCAGAGCCGCUGGAUCUGAGGAGCAGUGACAUCUCCACAGACAGAUUCAGGGUGUCAUGGAAGCACCCAGCCUCCGACGUGGUGCUGUACCGACUCACCUGGACACCCACUGAUGGAAGAGACAGCAAGGAGGCUUUGGUGAAUGGAAAUGAUAACACCUACGUAAUAGGAGGACUCAGCCCCUCCUCGGAGUACGAGGUCGUCCUGGCCGCCAUCUAUGGAAACGAGGUCGAGAGCGACGAGGUGGUGCUCGUGGAGUCCACGGUCGAAAGGACAACCACUGUUGCCACGACAACCACUACCACAUCAGCUCCUCAUUAUGGUGUGAGGAAUAUCAGGAUUGAUGAGGAAACCACCUUCAGCCUGCGGGUGUCCUGGCAGCCGGUCGACACCAGGAACGUCCGACAUUAUCGGCUGAACUACAUCAGCGCCAGGGGAGACCGGGCGGAGGAGAUGAGGACGGUGCCCACUGGUCAGAACAGCCUGGUCCUGCAGCAUCUGUUGUCGGACACGGAGUACAGAGUUUCUCUCACACCUGUUUACCUUGACGGAGAUGGGCCGACAGUGGCACGGAACGGACGGACACUUCCUCUUUCAGCGCCUAGGAACCUGCGUGUAUCGGAGGAGUGGUACAACCGCUUCAGGAUCAGCUGGGACGUUCCACCUUCACCCACCAUGGGCUACAGAGUCAUCUACCAGCCUUUGUCUGCCCCGGGGCCGGCUCUGGAGACCUUCGUCGGGGAGGAAGUGAACACCAUGCUGAUCGUCAACCUGCUGAGUGGGACGGAUUACAGUGUCAAGGUCAUCGCCUCCUACACCACCGGGUCCAGUGAAGCCCUGACAGGGAGGGCCAAGACACUGUACCUGGGCGUGACCAACCUGAGUACAUACCAGGUGAGGAUGACUGGUGUGUGCACCCAGUGGCAGCCUCACCGACACGCCAGCGCCUACAGAGUGGUCAUCGAGUCGCUGCUCAAUGGUCAGAGGCAGGAGGCGAAGCUGGGCGGAGGAGCCAGUCGGCACUGCUUCAACAACCUGAAGCCCAACACGCAGUACAAGAUCAGUGUGUACACUCAGCUGCAGGAUGGGACUGAGGGACCUGCAGUCAUUGCUAAUGAGAAGACACUCCCCAUCCCGACCCCGGCGCCCACCAGGCCCCCGACCACCACCCCCCUGCCCACAGUGCCCCCUGCCAAGGAAGUCUGUAAGGCAGCCAGAGCAGACCUGGUCUUUCUGGUCGAUGGUUCCUGGAGUAUCGGUGAUGACAACUUCCAGAAGAUCAUCCGUUUCCUGUACAGCACCACUGGAGCUCUGGACCAGAUCGGCCCGGGCGGCACGCAGGUGGCCAUCGUCCAGUUCAGCGACGACGCCCGCACCGAGUUCAAGCUGAACUCGUUCAGCGACAAAGAGCGACUGCUGGAUGCCAUCAACAGGAUUUCCUACAAGGGAGGAAACACCAAGACAGGUCGAGCUAUCCAGCAUGUGAAGGAAAACAUCUUCACGGUGGAGGGAGGAGUCAGGAAGGGAGUGCCCAACGUCCUCGUGGUCCUCACCGAUGGUCGGUCCCAGGAUGACGUCAACAAGGUCUCUAAGGAGAUGCAGAUGGAAGGUUACAUUGUGUUUGCUAUUGGCUUCGCUGAUGCCGACUAUGGCGAGUUGGUGAGCAUCGCCAGUAAACCCAGCGACAGACAUGUUUUCUUCGUGGAUGAUCUGGACGCCUUCAAGAAGAUUGAGGAGAAGCUAGUGACCUUUGUGUGCGAAGCUGCCACAGCCACUUGUCCAUCCAUACCGAUGAGAGGCAGCACAACCCCAGGUUUUCAUAUGAUGGAGCUGUUUGGGCUGGUGGAGGAUCAGUACAGCAGCGUCUCUGGCGUUUCCAUGGUCCCCGGCACUUUCAACACCUUCUCCUGUUUCCAGCUGCACAGUGACGCUCUGCUGGUGCAGCCAACCAGAUACAUCCACCCUGAGGGGCUGCCCUCUGACUACACCAUCAGCCUGCUGUUCAGACUGCUGCCGGACACGCCAGAGGAGCCCUUUGCCCUCUGGGAGAUCCUCAACAAGAACAACGAGCCACUGGUGGGCGUCAUCCUGGACAACGGAGGAAAGACUCUGACGUUCUUUAAUAGUGACUACAAAGGAGAGUUCCAGACAGUAACCUUCGAAGGGCCAGACAUCAAGAAACUCUUCUACGGCAGCUUCCAUAAGCUUCACAUUGCAAUCAGUAAGACGAGCGCCAAAGUUGUGAUCGACUGCAAGACGGUGGCAGAGAAAACCAUCAAUGCAGCUGGAAACAUCACCACGGAUGGAGUGGAGGUUCUGGGCAGGAUGGUCCGCUCCAGAGGCAACACACACACACACACACACACACACACACACACACACAUACACGCCAUAUUCCAGCUGCAGAUCUUUGACAUCGUCUGCAGCACGUCGUGGGCCGACAGAGACAAGUGCUGUGAGCUUCCUGGUCUGAGGAAGGAGGCAGACUGCCCGGCCCUGCCCAAAGCCUGCACCUGCACCCAGGACAGCAAAGGCCCCCCUGGCCCCGCUGGACCGCCAGGAGGCCCAGGAAUCAGAGGAGCCAGGGGUGAUCGUGGAGAGCCGGGACCGGUGGGGCCGACUGGUCCAGUAGGUGAUACAGGUGUACCAGGACCUCAGGGACCCCCUGGACCACAGGGACCCAGUGGACGCUCCAUCAUAGGACCCCCGGGUGCACCGGGAGAGCCAGGACAGAAAGGUGAUGCUGGACAACAGGGAACACAGGGGGUUCCUGGCAGAGCUGGAGCUCCAGGCCGAGACGGACCCCCAGGAUCCAGAGGAGAGCCAGGCAACGAUGGUCCCCCAGGCAGGCAGGGUUCCCCUGGAACUGUUGGGACUCCAGGAGCCCCAGGGGCCCCAGGAAGUACAGGCCCUCCAGGCAAACAGGGGGAACUUGGGCCACCGGGGCCUCUUGGAAGCAAGGGCGAGAAAGGUGAACGGGGUGACUUGCAGUCGGCAGCCGCGGUUCGGCUCAUUCUGUGGAAAUUCUUCCCUUUCCUGUUUUCAGGCCACAUGGUGCACUUCAACUCCAUCAUUAACCACUUACCCAGUCCACAAGUGUCCAUCCGCACAGUUCCAGGACCCCCCGGAGAACCUGGUCGACCGGGUUCUCCAGGACCCCAGGGAGAACAGGGACCCUCAGGAAGACCUGGUUUCCCAGGACAGAAUGGACAGAACGGGCAACCGGGAGAAAGAGGUCAACCAGGAGAGAAGGGUGACAAGGGAUCUCCAGGUGUAGGAGUCCAAGGCCCCAGAGGACCUUCAGGACCCCCAGGUCCCCAGGGACAGGGCAGACCCGGCAGCCAGGGUCCAUCAGGGAGACCUGGAAACCCUGGAGCCCCAGGUCGGCCUGGGGUCCCUGGACCUGUCGGCCCUGCGGGGCCUCCAGGCUACUGCGACCAGAACUCCUGUCUGGGCUACAAUGUUGGAGAGGGUGAGGAUGACACUGACAGCGGCGCUAUCCCCGCAGUCCAACUGCCACCUAGCGUCUACCAGAACUACGGCGAGGUGGAGGAAGAUGACCCCUAUCGCUACUACCAGCCCAACUACCCAGCCCCGCAGCCUGUGUCACCCGACGAUCCUGCGCUUACCGAGGAUGACAUUGAGCUGAGGUCCCCUGGUGUCCAUCGCAGCUACCGGAGCCUGGAGGGGCAGGAGGAGGGAGAUGGGCCGAAGAGAAGACUAAAGAGAGGAAUGGAGGCACUGCAUGAACUAAAUGACUGAGAGGAGGCGAUUGGAGGAUGGAGCACCGCUCGUUGUUUCUGAUUGGGCGGUUUGGACUAAUCAGCAAGUGCCUGAUGUCGAGGAUUUCUUUGGGACAUAGUUGAGGGAACAGGGUGGGGGUAUCAGGUUGGGACGAUCUUAACUCAUCUAUGCCACUGAAUUAACAGUUUGAUGUCAUUUUGUUUAGUUUGUGUUACGUUUGUCUCAGCAGACACAGUCGCUUUAAAAAGAUUGAGACUGUGAAACAUUUGGCCGUCGCUCCUGGUUUUGGCUUUACUAUGGCUGUCGGUUAUUUACCAGGUUGGUUAAGUGCCUCCUAAUUGUCUUACUAGAAAAAGCAGUGGUGAUAAAUCAGUGCAGCACUACAACCUCACACUUGUGCGCAGAACCACAAGCAGCACUGUCACACUCAGUCUUUGUCUGUGUUUACCUGAGGUUUUGUUUCAGCCUUUCAGUUUUACGACCAUAGACGUCCCAGCUCACAUCAGGAUGCAUACGUACACAAAACAAGGUUUAGUUUUGAUUUUAUACACGUUUAGUUAAAGUGAAGACUGGUUGGUGCAGUACGGUGUUUCACCUGCCUACAUGGUGUCCCUGCUCUGCUCUGCUUGACAUGUGUCAGUGUCAGCAGUGCUGCAGUGGCUGCAGACCGGGUGUGAGCUCACAAGAUGGUCAAAAACUACCGGUGAGGUUUCCAGUGUGAACGGCAUGAUGGGAAAUGAUGGGAAAUGUAAUGCUUUGUAUCGUGCCUGCACAGUGAGGGAGAGAGUUUAAAGAUGUUUUCAGAUAAAGUGAUCAGAUUUUAAUGUGUGCAGAAGCUUCAGAAGUAGGUUUAUUAAUUGCCAAACCCAUGACAACACCACACUCGUGUUCUGUUAUUACAUUUUAGCUCCUGUCAUCUCUCUCAUAAAUAAGCUGUAACUUCAGUUUUAAAUUUUUAGGUCUGUAAAGAACUGAUUAGAUGAGCAGAGAUGGUAGAUACCAGAUUCAGCUUCUGCAUGCCCUGAGCAGGUAAACACAAACUGUACAAACACUCAGGGCACUGUUUUGAUGAUCCACAGCGUCUGAACAAGAUGUAUUGGUGCAAGUGGUGUUUGGGUGUGUCCACAUUCAUUUAGGUAAUUUGACGACAAGAAAAAAUGGUUCGCCAUUUGCGCUAAUACAUCUUGUUUAGACGCAGUGGAUCCUCAAAACAGAGCCCCAAUGUCUCGUAUGUGAAUCCCAUGUACCUGUCCAAACCACUUCCUGUCAAGUCAGUAUGAAGGUGAUGUUCUCUCUAUGUCAACAAACAUAAAACACAGACACUUCCUCCAGAUGACUGACCCAGAAAUCCACAGAAAGCAGUGAUUUCUAUCGGCUCCUUUAGUUUGUUUUAAAGGCUCCAAAACUCACUAAACAACAAAAACAUUUAUUUAUGUACAGUUUUGCAUGUUUUUCUUUCCCAUUUACCAUGUGAUGUAUUGUUUCUAUCUCACAGAGCCAUAGACACAUUUUACUGUUACACAUAAGGAUCUUUGUGAGACUUUGACUGACUGGAGUUAUGUUGUUGCCGUACCAAGCUGCUGAUGUUGCUCUGUAUUUGAGAAGGUUGAUAAAAAGAGCAAACAUUAACAGCUCAGUUUGAUACAGCUACUAUGCUUCAGUGUAAAAGCCUGUGCUUUGUGACCAGGUUUUUUGGUCUGGUUGUCACCGGCUGUCAGAGUCUGGGUCGAGGGAUUAGCUGUAAAAGACCUGACAGACUGUAGCAUGACACUGACGGCUGUUUCACACCCUGUGAGCUCUGCUCUGUCUUUGGAUCAUCUUUGGACCCCCUUUCUAACAUUUAUUGCUCAACUCGUGCAAGUUAAGUUCCAGGACGAGACUCUGAUCCCACUCAUUGAUUUUCAUCUUUUAUGCAGAAACUAGAGGCUGAGUUGGAAACAGAAGCAGAAAUAGCAAUGUUUCCUUUUGUUUUACUGCUGGAGACCCAUUAGAUAACAGGAAGCCGAGUUAUUGGGAAGAAGGUGAGCCUUGUUUUUAUCUCUGAGCGAAAUUCAAGCACACCUCUGACCAGGAGGUUUAAGAAAUAAGAUCAAGGAAGUAAUUUAUUUUUUACUUGGUAUUGAUUUUCUCACAACAAUAAAACUGAAGUCCAACUGUU